AUGCAAUCAAACGAUUUAAUUUACAGCAUGCGUAUUGUGAAACAGAAUUCUGAUAUUUUCAUUGAUUUCAUUUAUAAAGACAAGUGUUUUUCUCAGGUUAACUAUACAAGUUGUACUAUCCAAGGUCCGAACAACGCAGAUGUUCGACCACAGUGUGCCAUAUCAGUCGAUGGUAACAAUAGGGCUCUUACAUGGUCGUUUUGCGUAGUACCAACCGAUGCUGUCAUUUUCUACUCAACUGUCUCCAAAAAUGGUUAUUGGACAGAGAAUAGCGGCAGUACGGAAGGCGCCACCAUGCUUUGGAUUUACGGCAAUCGUUUUGCACAAAAUGGCUUCAGUACAGUACCAUCGACGACGAACAGGAAUACUGUUAAAUUGGUCAGCAAUUAUGCCGUGUACGAUUGUGAAAUGCAUAAUGAUAAGGUGACCAAUACACAAUUGACCUGUUAUACACCGGCCAUGGCUCCCGGCGUCUAUCAAAUUCGAGCCUAUGUCAAUGGAAAUCUGAUUCCACUCUAUCAGUACAGCAACCCACAACGAGCAACUUUUGUACCAUUAGUUAGUCAAACGCCAACCAUCACUGGCAUUUCACCACAAACAGGUCCGCCACAAACGUUGAUCUCAUUGUCGGGUAAUUUUCGAACGGCGUGCACUUCACGCGAUGUCAAUGGUUGUUCAAUGGACGGUGAUCCAUUGAUUUCUCGAGUCUACAUGGGCGGCCAUCUUUGCAAUGUGAUCAAUCCGGUGACAAACACCUACUACUCGAAUGUAACAGAUAACAAUCUCAAAUGUAGCUUUGAGGGAAACGAAAUCGGUAUAUUUAAUGUGAGCAUGCUCGUCACUGAACAAUAUGGUCGUUCAUCCAUCAGUCCAAACUUGUAUCGAGUGUCUGCUGCCGGCAAUUUAUACACAUUCCAAAGCUAUGCAGUCAUCUCAAGUGUGUCGCCAAACACUGGCAGUUUGCAAGGUGGUACAACUCUGACCAUCAAUGGAGAGAAUUUCUGUAACAACGCUCAAUAUCCUGUAGUAGUCAAUGUUGGCGGUCAGCCAUGCACGGUUCUGAAUGCAAGCCUUACGACUAUCCAGUGUCAAACACCUGUCGCUCCUGUGAACAUUGCAAGUCAAUAUCAUGCUCGUAGCUUCCGUUCGUCAAUAACUAUUUUUGUUAUAGGUGGCCGUGGUGUUUACAUAUUUCGUCAGUCGGGUGCCAUUGCUCAAGGUACAUUGGCCGCUUCCAGUCCACCGUAUCCCAGUGUUGGUGCCACUCAGACAUGGUCAGAUGACGCAAUGUAUGUGUCACAGUCCUCAUCAGAUGAGACAGUGUGGCUCAUUGGCUUUUUGCGUAUUCCUAAAGCGGCGAAUUUUACAUUCACUUUACAAACAAACGGCAAUGGAGCUCUGUUCUUAAGUAGCAAUGAUAGCCCUGCGAACGUUGUCAAAAUUGCUGAUGUUACAAACAAUCAAUCGAAUACAGAAUUACUACAAGGCAAUAUGGACUAUUACCUCUUGUGUGUGGGCUCUCGACUCGGUGGCAAUCUUGUCUUGUCAGUUGAAGCACGCAUGCACGAAACAACACUAACAGCAACAACGUCACGCUUGGUUCUCAACGAAAUUCAAAGUAUCAGCGUCAUCGCAACUGUCGUUGCUGAAGAGCAGCGAAUUUUCUAUUCAACCAAUGCGCCGAGCAACGGAACAUCAGAAGUACAAUCGAUCCAAGCCGGCAUAUCUACAUUUCAAAUUGGCUUUCGCGGUGCCUAUACAGCUCUACUCACUGGACAACCCACAACGGAUGUUGUUGAAGCAGCUCUAAAUGAUUUGCCAACUAUUUAUCCACACACGGUCACUGUCACAGCAACAAGCACUCUCUAUAUAAUUACAUUUCCGUCUGAGAUGGGUAAUGUUCCACUAGUGACUUGCAUAUCAACAUCAGGAAACGCACCUGUGAUAAACGAAACUGUACAAGGCGUUGCAUCUAAUACUGCAAUUGCAUUUUCAUUGAACGGAAUGACAACAGAUUAUAUCGAUUUUACUACCAACGUGACGCAAGCGAACUUGAUGGCACAAUUUAAUAAAUUAUUUUCAAUUCUAUGUCCGAUUUCGAUCAACAAUGCACAAGCAACACAAUCGAUUGUCUAUCUGCAAGAUUUCGAAACAGGCUGUGUGUUUGACGAAACCAAUAUUCGAAGGAAUGCAUUCUGUGGCCAAUGUUCACUAACGAGCAAUACUCUGGUUACUGGGAAUACAAGAGGUGGCAAUUACUUGUGUUUUGCUUACAAGAUUUCGAAUAGCUAUGUCACUCAAGUUGAUGUAGGUGUAUAUCUCAAUGGUGAUAUAACAACAAAAUAUUGGCCAUCAAUUCCAUUCACACCAAUAGCCGAUGGAGUUUGGCAUUAUACAUGCAUCGAUGUCUUUUCAACACUGAGUUCGCAAUCAAGUACAUACUCGUCGGCAUCAUCAAUUGUUCUUAAUUAUGCAGCACUCAGUGAAAAUAUUCAACAAGGCAUAUCCAUUGAUGCUGUUACUGUGAGAACUGCAUUGCCAAUCGGUUAUGAACCUCAAUCAUUGCACCCGAUUGAUCAAACAAAUAUAUCAUCGUGUGUCUUUCCAUUCAUCUAUAAUGGUCAGAGCUAUUCGGCAUGUACACUUGGCAAUAACGAAAUACCCAUUUGUCUCGAUCGUCAAAAUAACACGAAUCAAUGUCAAAGUACAUCGAUUGAAGGUGCCCGUCGUCUCUACCCGGAACACCAAUUAGUCUACAAUACACUACAAGUCGCAUACACACCUAGCACAAGCACGAUUAAUGUGUCAUUCCGAUACGGUGAUUGUUCGACCCCAUCGCUCAUUCAAUCUUUGCCGAGUACCAGUGCGACAUCGUCAAUUGUUACAACAGCAUCCAAUGCCACUAGUGGGACGUUCGAUCUUGUCUUCAAUGGACAAACUUAUUCGUCAAUUCCAGUCAAUAUUGCUACAUCCGAUUUGGCCGUUCUACUUCAAUCAUCACCUGAUUUUGGUUUUUUGAGUGUGACACGUUCACGUGACUGCACAGGCUAUUUGUAUUUGAUUGAAUGGGUAGCUAAUGGAGGUCAAAAAUCGGCUAUUUCAAUUGCCAAUGUAACUGUCACACCGUCCAGCGCAACUGUCACAGCUUCGAUUGUACAGCAAGGUGGAGUUCUAUACAGACCAUUACCUGGUGAUAUGACUCGUACAUAUAACAUAAAUCCUCAGGUCGAAGUUUUGGUGGGUGGUUAUCCGUCACAGUGUGUGGGCAAUGGUACUUGUGACUUUCGAUGGUUGAUCAGUCAAACUCCGUCGAUAUCGUCGAUUUCUCAAAACAGUAUGACCGUGACAAUUACUGGUACAGGAUUUAGUGCAACAGCUCUGGAAAAUACAGUAUUGAUUGGAUCAACAGGUUCAUGCACAGUAACAAUGGCCUCGAUAACAUCGAUAACGUGUACAAUUGGUGAUGCUCCAUCGGGCAGCUAUGGUGUGAACAUUAAUGUACUCGGCAAGGGUUUAGCAACAAACAAUAGAAAUUUAACCAUCAAUGUGCCACUUCGGAUCACAUCUUUUUCGCCAAAUCAAGGCGGAGGAGGUGGAGGUUACAUAUUAACAGUAGAUGGCACCGGUUUCUCAUUAGCUGCUACGGUCACUGUUGAUGGUAACACCUGUAUGAAUCCUCAAGUGACCAACUUCUCGUCGAUCACAUGCACUGUACCGGCCACAACAGCAUUAAACAAUUAUCAAGCGACUAUCACUGUUAUCAAUCUUUCGAAUACGGUUAGUGCAUCAUCACAGUUCACUUACAAUGUAACUAAUACGCCCAACAUCUUGUCUACAAGUCCCAGUGUCUUUACGGUAGCUGGUGGCCUAUGCAACAUUUCUGGUACACUCUUUGGUAAUGGGUUGCCCACCGUAACCAUCGGUUCAACCCAGGCAACUGUCCUAUCAUCAUCGCCGACCAAUAUUAUUGUGAUGUUACCUCCGUUGGUACCAGGUAUCUAUGCAGUUAUGAUCCUUACAGCAAACGGUUACGCUCGCCCACCAAUUCAAAUUGAAUAUCGUUUAUAUGUUCAGCAAGUGUCUCCGCAAGUUGGUUCAUUGUACGGUGGCACUGAUGUCUACGUGCAAGGUCAAGGUUUUGACAAUACAACAAGUGUGAACUUUGUUGGCAAUAAUGUUUCCGUCCCUUGUACUGUGAUAUCUUUCCAAGCAACUCAAAUUCAUUGUCAAACAACGGCUGCCGCUCCUCAAGUCACUAUCACAUCGAACGGCGUUGAUCCAGUCAAUGGAGCUGGCUUUGCAUGGUCGCCACAAUACGCAACUGUGCAAGUAGGUGCUUUCGUCCAAUGGCAAUGGGGUUCAUCGGCUCUUUUAUCGUCAAUUACUUACAAAGUACAGCAAGUAAGUAACGGAUAUAGCACAACUCCAUUGAUGAACGGUUUCGAUUCUGGCAAUGCAUCAGCCUCUGGUACUUUCUCGUAUCAAUUUCAAACACCUGGCAUUUAUUACUACUGGUCGACACCAGUCGAUCAAUCUGGCUUGAUUUCUCUACGAGGUGUCAUUAACGUAGUGGCUGCUCAAUCACAGACGCUCGCGGUUCAGGUCACAUCGCACUCAGUUACAGCUCAAUCAUGUAUAUUUCCAUUUACUUUCAAUUCUGUCACUUACGCGUCGUGCACUACAAUCAAUGAUACUCAACAAUGGUGUUCACCAUCGCCGGUCUACACUGGUCAGCGACUCUAUUGUACACCAUCAACUUCGGUACCUGUUUCUUCGUGUGGCGUGAGCUCCGUGAUCAAUCCAAGUACAUGCUCACAAACAGUACCUACUACCAACCCAUUGCUAUUUCUAUUUACGCCAUGCUCAAUUGGUACCGUUACUUCUAUUUCACCAGUACAAGGUGUUGCAGAAACAGCAAUCACUAUCACAGGAACAAAUUUUGGUACAAACAAUUGCGAAAACCAAGUUUUUAUUGGAUCAAUAUAUCAAUGUCCGAUCACGAGUGUCUCAUCAACACAGAUCGUGUGUCAAAUUGGAUCCAAUUCAUCACUCGAUGCCAGCACAAUACAAAAUAUCAGCGUUGCACGCGAUCAACAAGGUUUUCUAAUCAAUAACGGACUGCUGCAGUUUCAAUUCCAAGCAUCGGUUACGAAUUUUUCACCGAAUCAAGGCUCAAUUCUGGGUGGUACUCAAGUGACCAUUAAUGGCAACGGCUUCACGCCUGCUGAUACUCGAAUCAUUAUCGGCCGUAUUGAUUACACAAGCCAGUCAACAAUUACCUAUUCUCAAAUCAUCUUUACCACUCCAUCAGUGCCGUCAAAUCUUUAUAUAAACCAAGCUAUCCCUGUGACCAUCUUGAUAGGUACAAAUCGAGCCAUCUGUUCGUCAGCAACAUGCACGUUUCAAUGGUCAACAAGUGAUACACCGUUUGUUGAUUCUGUCACUCCAACGGCGAUCACCGGCACACAAAUUUUGACACUGACUGGCCGAAAUUUGGCGGCCAAUCCUACAGCAGCAAUACCCUCUAAUACCCAUGUGACAAUCAAUGGAACUUCGUGUAAUGUAACAUCGAUCACAAAUUCGACUAUUUUAUGUCAAAUAUCUGGUGUUGCAGCUGGCAAUUAUUCAAUUCUCGUAUCUAUUGACGGUGUCGGAAAUGCUGUUUCGGCAGCUAGGCUCAUAUCGACGGCGGCUCUUUCAAGUGUGUCACCAAUGACAAUUGGUACCAACGGUGAUGUUCUUCUGACAAUCAAUGGCAACGGAUUUUCAAGCAAUAUCAAUAAUGUUCAAGUCAAUGUUGGUUCAAGCUCUUGUUCUAUUGUGCAAGCCACGCAAAAUCAAAUUCAAUGCAUCGCUCCGGCUCGCGGUUCCAACGGAUCUCCGGCUGCCAUUAGUGUCAUUUCGAAUGGUAUCUCGUUUCCGAGUACUCUUUCAUUAACAUACAGUACAACAAUUACGCCAACGAUCUCAUCUGUCAGUCCCACAUCCGGAAGUGCCUCUCAAUUGUUGACCAUUACAGGAACGAACUUUGUAUCUAAUGAAACUAGUGUUGUUGUGGGCAAUGUACCGUGUGCAAUUUCCAGCGUAUCGACGACUUCAAUUACAUGUACAGUAGGUUCGAGUCCAGCCGGAAGUCAACCAGUGAUCGUACAAGUCACAUCCGCUGGCAAUUCGAAUUCAAACGUUCAAUUUCAAUAUGCUCUACAGGUUAACAGCGUGACACCGACGCAAGGCAGUUACGGUGGUGGUCAAUUGUUGACCAUUGUCGGCGAUGGGUUCGACGGAUCGAAUUUGGCCAUUACUCUGUGUAGUCAAGCGUGUCAAUCGAUCACAGUACUGUCGAAUACUCAAGUGACAUGCGUCACUCCUGCGGCGACAGCUUCCACAUCUAAUACGAUAUGUAGUUUGACAGUGUCGAUCGGUAAUGCCACACACAGUGUCUCGUAUACCUAUUCAGCCAGUUUGACGGCUCGUGUAACAUUCGUGAGCCCAACACGAGGUGGAACAGGUGGUGGAACUACAUUAACAAUAACUGGAACGAACUUUCCCACAGCGUUGGGUGCAAUAUCUGUAAGCAUUGCGGGCGUCUCAUGCAACGUACAAUCGGUCUCUCAAACAGUUGUGAUCUGUUUCACUGGCAGCUAUUCGGCAACAACUAUUCAAGCGCCUGUCAUUGUCUCGAUGACCAAUGCUGGCAUUGCAGCGGGAUCAGUUCAAUUUCAAUACAUCAAUCUUUGGUCAAGCCCAUGGACAUGGGGUGGCAAUCCACCACCUGAAGCCGGUGAGCUCGUCGUAAUCGAUGGUGGCAAUACGGUCUAUUUCGACACAACAACACCUAUUCUCAAAGCAAUUGUCAUUGACAACGCUUCCGUAAUCUUUGAUGACAAUCAAGAUGUUGCAUUGAAUGUUGAAUACAUAUUGAUUGUGAACAAUGGCCUUUUCCAAGUCGGCACAGAGUCAAAUCCAUUUCAGCAUCAAGCUAUUAUUACGAUGUACGGUCAAUUACGAUCGAUUGAAUUGCCAAUCUAUGGUGCGAAAGUGUUAGCUCUACGCCAGGGUAAAAUCGAUAUGCACGGCAUCGAUUAUGGUCAAACAUGGACACAGCUAGGACAAACUGCUAACAGUGGAGACUCACAAAUUACACUUCGUCAAGCAAUGCGCUGGCCUAUAGGCAGUCAAAUCAUUAUUCCAACAACAGGCGAUUAUGAAAGUCAAGCAGAAAGUGAAGUACGUACAAUAACUGCUCAAUCAAGUAAUGGACUCAUAUUGACAUUGGACGCACCGCUGAAUUUUACACAUUUGGGGGUGUCGCGAAAUAUUGGUUCUUUAACGGUAAAUGCUCGUGGUGAAGUCGGUCUCUUGUCUCACAACAUUCUCUUUCAAGGUUCGGUGACUCAAACAUGGAAUCAAGUCAUUCAACCGUGCCCAGUCGGAUUCAAUCCAGAUCAAUUUGCUGUUCAAUCAUGCUUCCUUGGCCGAUACGGCCAGGAAAUUGGUUCAGAUCAAUUCGGUGCCACAAUCAUGGCUAGUGGUGCAAAUAGUUCCGACAACACUCAAGACGUUAUUCUCCGCUUGUCGAACAUCGAGAUAUUCAAUGUUGGUCAAGCGUUUCGUCUCGGUCGAUAUCCAGUUCAUUUUCAUAUGAAUGGAAAUAUGAGCUUGUCCUAUAUUAAAUCAUCAUCCGUCUAUCAAUCAUACAAUCGUGCCAUCAAUAUACACGCUUCAAACUAUGUCACCGUUGAAGACAAUGUCAUCUACAAUAUCAUGUAUGUCUAUAGAGAAAAUUUCCUACAUUAA